GAUCAGCAGAGCUGAGAGUGAGAGGCACUGAGGAGGGAACACACACACUGAGACUGACUCUUAAAAACACACAGAGACACACACACUCAAAGACAAGUGGCCUAUUGUACACACACACACACACAUACAUACACUUAGCUGGACUCUGGACUGACCACUCGAGGAUACAUCCCUCAGGAUUCUGAUUCCCAUCAUGCACCAACGGAGCCUCUCGGAGCUCCAGGGGGUCUCCACCCAGCGGGGGGUCUCCACCCGAAGGACUACUCAGGAUCGAGCCUCGUGGAGCUCCCGGCCGAGGAGGGGGUCCGGGUGUCGGUGCCUCUGCCCGCCGAGGGGAGCUCCUCUCUGGGCAUGGCUCCUGCUGGGGGCCCUGGUGGUUCCUGGAGCCUGGAGCUUUCUGAGCGAGGAGCAGGAGGAGCUGCUGGUGGAGCUUCAUAACUACUACAGAGGACAGGUUUCACCCAGUGCCUCGGCCAUGCUGCCUCUGAGAUGGGACCCGAGCCUGAAGUUGAUCGCAGAGGGUUACGCCGCUAAAUGCAUCUGGAACCACAACCCAGAUCUGGAGGACACUGGAGAGAAUCUGUUCGUCGGCACCGGAACUCUGAACCUCUCAGAGGCUAUGGAGAAAUGGUUUCUGGAACGUCUGGACUAUGACUUCCAAAACAACAGCUGUGAUGAAGACAAGAUGUGUGGACACUAUACACAGAUGGUGUGGGCCGACACACACAGAGUGGGCUGUGCCUUCCAUCUCUGUAACAACAUGGAGGGUCUGGACUGGGAGAGAGCCUCCUUCCUCGUCUGCAACUACUUCCCAGCAGGGAACUAUGAAGACCAGAGGCCGUUUGUUGAAGGUGACUGGUGCUCCAGAUGUCCUGAAAACCUCCAGAAAUGUGAAAACAACCUCUGUGUUUCUGACACGGUGGAGGAAGAGGACGAGGAUGAUGAAGAGGAGGUGGACGAAGAGGAGGAGGCUGUAGUUCCUCCUCCAGUAACAUCCGAUCCCUCCCUCCAGCCUGAGGAGGAAGACGAAGAGGAGGAGAAGGCUGUCCCUCCUCCUGCACCAACUGACUCUCAUGUCCAGCCUGCCACCACCACCACCACCACUACUACUGCCAGUACUCCCAGUAUCACCACCACCACCUCUGCUCAGGAGUCUGAGGACGCCCAACCACAAGCCACACCUGCCCCGGGCACCCAUCCUCCGAAAGUCCCCGAAAAGGUGGAGGAGGAGAAGAAGAAGGAGGAGAAGAGAAAGGAAACAGCAGAUAAGACGGAAGGAAAGGGGGAGAGAGAUGUAACACGAAACAUAUACGAAAAAAAGAAAGUUAGUACUGUCGCUGCUGGUUCAGUAGCAUCACCUUCUAUCCUGUUAGCCUGUCUGACUGGGAUCCUGACUCUGAGGCUGUGAGGAGGAGGAGGAGGAGAAGGAGGAGGAGGAGGAGGAGGAGGA